ACUGCGACAAAUAGUCACAGCACAUUUAUUGUUCGACGGUCUUGUCGGGGGAAGAUCAGGUCUAGUUAUUCGCACAAGUGUGAUUGAGAUAUUAUAUUAUAAAGUAUUAUUAGCAUUAUUUUCUGAACUAAUAUUUCCCGACUUUAUUUGGAUGUCGUGAUUUUUCAGAGAUUUUACGCACGACAUGCCACCUUGCGUUAUUGAAAAAGACAGCUCCAGGGCCCUGUAUACAGUUAUGUGGCUGUGCAUAUUGGCAGCUUGGUGUGUGUCUCUCUCCACUGCCACUUCUGACAUGUUCACAUGUUCGGUACCCGAGGAUCCGGUCUCGGUGCGGUUGGGACAUGUUGCCACCAUGCCAUGCUGGCUCACCCCUUCCAUGAACGCAGAGGGCCUGGAGGUGCGUUGGUACCGGCCCAAAGAUUUCGACAACCCGGUCUUGCUCUACAGCGAGAGAAAGAUCCAGGAAGCCUCACAGCAGUCCCAAUACGUGGGCCGCACCUCCCUAGGGCUCCGGGAGGUUACGUCAGUAGGGCUGAAGGGAGGGGAUGUGACCUUGAAGCUGGUUAAUGUCACUCUGAGAGACCAAGGGGAGUAUGUGUGCUACGUCAGCAGUAACCAGGACUAUGAGACUGCCAGUGUCUUUCUCAACGUAACUGUGAUGGGCAGCCCUCCUCUCCUCUCAGCAGUCAGAACAGAUGCUGACUCUGUGAAUGUGAGCUGUGUUUCCCAUGGAUGGAAGCCAAGGCCCAGGCUACAGUGGUCAGAUGGGAGGCAGACUCUGAAACCUGAGAAGCUGGAAUACAGCAGUGGUGCCCAUGGUCUGGUGUCUGCCCACAGCUGGGUCCUCUCUUCCCCAUCCAGUGCUCCCUGGGUAUCCUGUUCUCUGGUUCUGUCUGAAGGGGAGGAGUUGGAGGGAAGAGUGGACCUACGGAACCUUGGCUCUGUACCAGAGACUUCAUCAGGACUGCAAACAGCUGUCAUCAUUUUAUCUCUGCUUCUGCUCCUGUCCGUUGUCUUCGUCGGUGUGCUCUACAAAAAGAGAGGAAACAAAUCAACACAUGUGCCUAAUGGAGAUAUAGUGGACAUAGAGACUAUGAGACAAGCUGAAGAUUUCGUGGAUAUAGAGACUAUAGAGACUAUGAGACUAGCUGGAGUGGAUGUCACAUUGGAUCCCAAGACAGCUCCUCCUUAUCUGACAGUUAGUUCAUCAGGUAAAGUUGUGAGAGACAGUAAAGAUAAUGUAUGUCCUCCGGGUGAGCAUGCUUAUAUACUUGGAACACAUGGUUUUACCUCGGGCAGACGUGCUUACUGGGAGGUUAGACUGGAUAAGGAGCAGGUAGGCGUUAAAGAAUCCUGGUGGGUUGGACUGGCAAGUGGGUCUGUUAAAAGACAAGGCGAUAUACCAGCCACACCUUCCAAUGGUUUCUGGUUCCUGUCCUCAGACAAAGAGAAAGGCUUACGGCUUAAUAUGACCCCCAACAUCCUACUUCCUGCCAAUCCUAGACCUCAGACACUAGGUGUGUAUUUGGACUAUGACAAAGGAGUACUCUCUUUUAUCAACGUAAAAGACAAUAAACUGAUUGUCACCGUGGGAGCUAUGUUCACAGGGGAGGUGUUUCCUCUUUUUAACCCAGGUAAAGGUGACAGAGCCCCUAUGACGAUAUUAGAUGUCAGCCACUAUAAAACAGAACCUGUACAAGUGACGGUUUCUGAAAGAGAGGGUAAUGUCUCUCCACCUGCUGAAGAGGCUGAGACUGAUGCCCUUCUAGCUUCUAACCAAAGUCACAAUCAUCAGACUUCUGAAUCCAAAGAGAGUCUUUAAAUGACUGUAACACAAUGAAAACUACAGCACUAUAUAUUAACACAUUGUUUUGUGUAUCAAGUGCACUUCAUAUUAGGGUGAGUACAGUAUUAUUCUGUACUGGUCCAAUUCAUCAUCAUCUCCUUCCUCUUCUCCUUUGUCUGCAGUGAAUUUGAUUUGAUUUGACUACCAUGGAAACAUGAUUGGUGAAAGCAGUAUAGUGGAUGGAUGUAGUGGAUGGAUGGAUGGAUGUAGUAGA